AUGGAGAAAAUGAUCCAGGAGUAUCAGCGAGAACAUAAAAAGUGGUUACAGAAUUUAGCUGAGUUAAGCUUUGUGCAGCAGGAUCGAGUAAGAGUUUCUGAAGAACUUUUGAUGGUGGUGCAGGAAAUGAAGAAGUACUUCCCAUCAGAACGGCACAGCAAACCCAGCACCUUGGACGCCCUCAACUAUGCCCUUCGAUGUGUGCACAGCGUGCAAGCAAACAGUGAGUUUUUCCAGAUUCUCAGUCAGAAAGGAGCACCUCAAGCAGAUGUGACCACGUACAGUCUUGAGAAGCUCACCACUAUUGCCUCGGAACAUACUUCUAAAAACACAGACACCUUUGUGGCCGUUUUUUCCUUUCUGUCUGGAAGGCUAGUGUACAUUUCUGAACAGGCUACUUCGAUCUUAAAUUGUGAAAAAGAUUUCUUGGAGUCUUCUCAUUUUGUUGAACUGCUUGCCCCUCAAGAUGUGAGAGUGUUCUACGCACACACUGCCCACGCCCAGCUUCCCUUCUGGAACAACUUGACCCAAAAAGCAGCUUCACAGUACCAGCUGGCUCUGGAGAAAUCCUUUUUCUGCAGGAUCCGUGGCGGUGAAGACGGAGAGCAACAGAACAACUACUGCCCAUCCCGGAUCAUCCCCUACAUGAUUCAUGUGCACAGGCCCUCCCAGCCGGGAGCUGAGCCUUGCUGCCUCAUGUUGGUUGAGAAGAUUCAUUCUGGUUAUGAAGCACCACGAAUUCCAGUGGAUAAAAGAAUUUUUACCACAACACAUACCCCAGGAUGUGUUUUCCUUGAAGUAGAUGAAAGAGCAGUGCCUUUGCUGGGUUACCUACCUCAAGAUCUGAUUGGAACAUCGAUCUUAACUUAUUUGCACCCAAAAGAUCGUUCCAUGAUGGUUGCCAUACACCAAAAAGUCCUGAAGUAUGCAGGCCAGCCUCCCUUUGAACACUCACCAGUUAGAUUUUGUACUCAAAAUGGAGAUUACAUCAUCCUGGAUUCCAGCUGGUCCAGCUUCGUGAACCCCUGGAGCCGGAAGGUUUCUUUCAUUAUUGGUCGGCAUAAAGUCCGGACGAGUCCACUAAAUGAAGAUGUUUUUGCUACCAGAAUGAAAAAGACAAACAAUAAUGACAAAGACAUCACUGAAUUGCAAGAACAAAUUCACAAACUUCUCUUGCAGCCAGUUCACAUGAGUGCUUCCAGUGGCUAUGGGAGCCUGGGGAGCAGUGGCUCCCAGGAACAUCAUGUCAGUGUUGCAUCUUCCAGUGAGUCCAGUGGGCACUGCGUGGAGGAGAUACAAAAGGAGCCUAUGACCUUGCAGCAGGUCUAUGCCAGUGUGAACAAGAUUAAGAAUGUGGGUCAGCAGCUCUACAUUGAGUCAAUGUCGAAAUCACCAGAUAAGCCAGCAGUGAGGACAUGUACCAAACCCCUGGGUGGUAAGUCACAGAAGGCCUUUUCUUCCUUCCAGACAUUAAAAAACCAUAGCACACACCAUGAGUCAUGUGAAGAUUUGAGAAAAGAUAAGCAGAGCCCAUCCUAUCAGCAAAUCAACUCUAUAGAUAGUGUUAUCAGAUAUCUGAAGAGCUACAACAUUCCAGCUUUGAAAAGAAAGUGCAUAUCCUGUGCAAAUACUAAUUCUUCAUCAUCAGAAGAUGAUAAACAAAUCCACAGGGCAGAUGGUGCCCACACAUUGCAAGCUGCUUCUCAGAUCCCAGUCACAGCUAAAUCAGAAAUGACAACAGCCGAACAGUCCACAGAUGCUGAGGAAGGGAUUCCACGGACGCUCUCCACGAAAGCCCUAAGCUUAAUGUCGGGCAUAAGCCAGUGCAGUUACAGCAGCACCAUCGUUCAUGUCCCACCUCCUGAACCAGCAGAGGAAGCCAUCCUGAGUCUGGAGCCCUGGACCCUGACCCCACAAGCACCUUUGCUGGCCUCAGAAGAAUUUAAACCUGUGGGGCUCACAAAGGCUGUCCUGUCAGCCCACACACAAAAAGAAGAGCAGAAUUAUGUUGAUAAAUUCCGAGAAAAGAUCCUGUCUUCACCCUACAGCACCUAUCUUCAGGAAAGCCGAAGCAAAGCAAAACAUUCAUUUGUUCAAGGAGAUUCCACUUCCAAUCAGACAAAAUUAGCCGGUUACAAGAAAGGGAAGCACAAACGGAAAAAACUGCCCGUGCCAGUAGACAGCAACCAUUCUGCUGACCACAUCUGUCCUCGCUUCAGAGAAGGAGUGCAGGACACGCAGCUCUGGAACUCUGCCAGACCCUCCCCACCAAAUGUCCCUAGCCCAGCUUUCCCAUCCACAAUGCUGAUCCCUAGCCAGACCCCUUACCUCGUGCCUGCAUGUCCGCUUCCAGCUGUCGCCUCUCUGGAAGGAGUGUGUGCAGCAUCAGGAACUGCACUGCCUUGUCUGCCUAGGCUCCCAACACCAGGUGGCCUGACGCCUGUCCCAGUGUUUCCUGCUCCUUACUUGGACACUUUCAUGACUGUUUUCCUAAAUGACCCUCCUGCCUAUCCCCUAUUAUUACCAUCAUUCCCGCCUUAUUCAUUCCUGGAAGCAGCAGGUUCUGUUGAAACAACAGUGGCUCCUGGCCCAGAACCAACAUCAUCAGCCACCAACCAAAGGAAGACAGAGGACAGAUGGGAGACACGCAGUGAGGAUCAUCCCUUCAUUACUUCCCAGAGCAGCUCCCCUCUGCAGCUAGACCUGCUUCAGGAGGAAAUGCCCACGACUUCUGAGUCUCUCCAUCAGAUGAAAAGGGACCUUUGCUCAGAAGCUGAGUGUCAGCAUGCUGCAGGCAGCAGUGAGUGUAAAAACAACUGUUCCACAGCCUGUGAAGUGUCCACUGGGUUACAUCCCAAGGACUCCCCCCCUGGAAUGGAUUCUGCAGCAUCAGGAAGCAGUGACAGCUGUAUGUAUUUGGCUAGUAGUGAUUACUCUUCUGAAACCUCUCAAAAUGGGCAGACAUCUCAAGAUGCACAGGAAAAAGAAACAUCUCUCAAGUCUGCCCAAGAGUCCAUCUGGAGUAUGAUAGAACAGACACCUGAGUGCAUUCUCAUGACGUAUCAGGUACCCGACAGGGUUAAAGAAGUUGUACUAAAAGAAGACCUAGAAAAGCUGGAGAAUAUGAGGCAGGGACAGCCCCAGUUUUCCCAAGGACAGAGAGAAGAGCUGGCCAAGGUGCAUUCUUGGAUUCAAAGCCAGACAAUCCCUCAAGAAAUAGAUGUCCAGGGCUGUGUCACCUGCGAAAACAGAGACUCAUCUGUUGAAGAUGCAGGGUGUUCGAGCCAGGGUCCAGCCAAAGCCAACAGUUAG